AUGGCUGAAUCUGGGAAUUUCUCUGAGACUGAAUCAUACGAAAAUGCUCCACGUAGACGGCACUUUCAUCAAAACAGGCCCCCAUAUUCACCUAGGGGACGUGGUCGUACAGACCCCCAUGUUAUGAAGGCGUUACACAACUUUGGAGUAAGAGAUUUGAGAGAACUUCUUGAUCGUAAACACCAAGAUGAACAGGAUCAGGAAGAACAGCAACCCAUCGCUCCCCGAGGCAGAGGUCGAUACAUCGGACCAUCUGAACACUCGUUCAUCCAGAACCCCAUCAAUAUAAAAGUUCAACUCAUGACAGCAACAGGAGAACGCAAUUACUCAUUAAGUCAGGACGACAAAUUGUUAGAUAUCAAACACAUCCCUGAUCAUGACGAACAGGCAAAUGAACUGGACUGGGGUAGAGGUAGACAUAACAGAAGUCUAAGUGGUUUGGAAAGAGGAAGAGGAGGUUCAUCUUACAGGGAUAGAGGUUCUUCUUACAGAGGUAGAGGUUUACCAGACAGAGGUAGAGGUUCAUUAGACAGAGGUAGAGGUUUAUCGGACAGAGGUAGAUAUGAAAUAGGAAUGGCUAAUAAUGAGGCAGAUUGGUGUAAUAAUGAGUCUAGCAGGGGUAGGAAGGAUACACACAGAGGUAGGCAUGAUACAAGUAGAGGUAGAAGUAGAUAUGAAACAAACAGGGGAUAUGAAACAGAUCGGAGUACAAGUGAUUCAAACUGGGAAAUAUAUGAAACAGCUAAAGGAAGACAUUAUUCAGAUGGAAAUAGAUAUGAAACGAGCAAAAGUAGACCAGAAUCAAACUUGGAUAUGAGUGAGCCUGAAAGGGAUAGAAGAAAUUGGGGUAGAAAUGAUCCAGACUGGGGUAGACAUGAAACAGCUAGAGGAAGACAUAAUUCAAACAAACAUAGCGGUAGGCAAGUAACGGACUGGAAUGGAGGCGAGCCAGAAACAGACUGGGAUGGUAAUGAGACAGAAAGAAGUGGAAGAGUUUCAGAUAGGGGUAGAAGUGAAUAUAGAAGAGGCAGAGGAAGAGAUCCCAGAGGUAGAGGUGGGCCCAUGAGAGCUAAGAGCAUAGAAAGAGCUCGCCCCUUACCGUUUGAAACAGAAAACAGAGUUAGGGGUGCAAAGGUAAGAAGUAGGAGUGCUGAAACUAGAGGCGACAACGAUACUAAGAAUGAAGAUGGUGGAGCUAAAGGUAAAGGAAGAGGUGGAAGGGGUAGAAGCAUGGAAAGAGGUAGAGGUCGGGGUGGUUGGAAAACUGGUCGAAAUAAAAGGGAACAGACGAAUAUGACGAAUGACAUAAAUAAUGCAUCCUCUGAAAUUGUUGGAAUUAUUUAUCAAGAUAAUUGGGAUGAUGAAGCAACAGGGAGUAAGACUGAACUUGAGCACAAUCUUAACAAGACUUAUAAUGAAACCACAGGAGUUCAGGAGAAUGAUUUUGAUGAUGCUCUAGAAGAUUAUGGUGUGUCAGAUUUGUCAGAGGAAAAGUAUGAUGAAAAAUAUGCAGAUGAAGCAGAGGAAGAAGCAGAAGAGGAAAUACAAGAUGGCCAGCCCAAAAUAAAUGAAAAAGAGAAGGAGAUAGUGGAAAUCAAAGAAAAUCUGAUAAUAACCUCAGAUGAUCACAAACAAAAGAAAAGGACUGUCCGAUUUGACUUGGGAAAGGGUGAAAAACAAAUUGAAACAGCUGAAAGUGUGGAAAAACAGCUAGAAACCCCUGGAUUGAGAGAAAAACAUGGUAUAGAAGAAUUGGCCUUGGAAAGUAGUAGUUGA